AUGGUGUGGAACAAAACCAAGGAUGUAAUGAAGGAAUUUGUGGAACACAUGCAGGAUGAGAACAUAAUAUCGUAUGCAUCGAACUGUGGUCACGCAGGAUGGAAGCACCCCACUGAUCCUAACGGUCAGAUCUAUGUAGGACACAAAGUGGGAGAUAAAAUUGUAUGCGUACUUAUGGUAGGGGCAUUACUGUUCAUGAAUGGGUGGCAUCGUGCAGAACAAGUUAGACCAAAGGAAGAUGAAACUAACGAAAGCAUACGAAGGCAUUUACGAUGUGCAAUAGUACAUAUGUUUAGCGCAGUAUUAAACGAAUCCGUGUGCAAAAGCCAAUGGGCCACAUUUUAUGCAUGGCACAUAAUGCAAGAAUUCGAAAAGGACGACGCUUUUAAGGGGGGUUCAAUAAAGAAGGGAAAAUGUGGUAGGAACAUAUUUUCGAAUGUACAAAUAAGGGAACUUGACUUAAAUGCAGACGUCAAAGCAUGGUUAGGAAAAAAUAGCAAACUAGAAGAGGCAAUACAGAAAAUAAAAGGAAAUACACUGUGCACGGAUAGGUGGAGGAAGGAAUGGAGCCUAGAAGAAAUCCUGGGGCAUGGGAAUAUAGAUGAUUCGCCACGGUCGACGAUUGCUCAGAUAAUGCACGGACUGCAACACCCAAUGACGGAAAUAUUUAAGGACAUAGGAAAACAGGCAGAGCAAACCAUACAACAGAGGGCACAGGCGAAGACGGGGAAGUCCGCGAACGAUGGCAAAAACGGGCAGGCCGCCACCAAUGGAGCAACACCACCACCAAAGGUACCGGCAGCCGAAAAGGACAAUGGCAAAGCGAGUACAACAUCCCCGUCUGGGGAAGGAGUGGGAAGAACAGAUCCCCCCAAGAAACCGGAACCUCCACCACCGAAGAAACCAGAAGCUCCACCAGUUAAGGUACCAGAGCAACCCAAGGUCACUAUUCCAGACAGCAAGGAAGACAACAAGAAGGCAGACACACCUUCGUCACCAUCAUCAGCAGGCAGGAACGAUCCGUCCACAGGCGCAGAUGGGACACAACCACAAGCACCUGCAUCUCCAGUAUUACCAGCACGACCACCACCACCUCCUCCACCAAGUACACCAUCCACACCAACACCAGGUCCGCAGGGAGGAGCAGAGGAAGCAGGGAAAGAUGGAGCACAGGGACCUCCUGGACAAGCAGGAUCAGGGACGGGACAAGCAGGUACAGGAAGUACAGGUAAUAUCGGAUGUCAGGGCAGCGAAGGUACAUCCUCCAGUGUAUCUGUUAGCUGUGGUACAUAUACUGGUCCAGGGUUGGAAGCCCCUAAUAUUCCUGCAGGUAUUACUGUUACAGUUCCGGAUGCUACCAGCGGCCCAGAGAAACCAAACGUCGAAUGA